GCUUCCUACAAACAGAAUUUCAUUGCAGGAUCUGUAUCUGAAGCAGGGUAUAUGAAGAUGACAAAGGCACAUGGCAAGUACUUCUUUAUUAAUGAAAAAUAACUGGGAAAUUACUUUGAGAAUCAAUCCAGAGCUAUUAUGAAAAGAGCUUACCCUGAGUUUGUCCUGACCUACCUAGAGGAACUAAAUGAAAGAGAGGAGGUGACCCAGACAGUAAACUGCAUUCACCAUGGGGCCUGGUCUGCAGCUCGUCAGGAGACAGACAGCAGCUCAGCAGAAGAGGUCACAGUAUUAAGCCAGAGGCAGGUUCUGCAAAAAAAUGUCAGCAACCCCAAUCAGAAACAACUUUCAGGACCUUUGGACGCCCAUUUAAUGCCUGCAGAUCCCCUAGGGGAGACUACACAGCUGACAGUGGCACUGGUGAGGAAACUAGAAGAGAAACAUCCUAAGGCCUCAGCUCAAAGUGUGCUCCUGAUUGCCAAAGUGAUACCUGCUACGAAGGGCAAAGCUGAUUAG